GUCCUGCACACCCCCACAACGAUCAUGUACUCCCCUCAUGCCCCUGGAAGUCGAUUGCUCCACAGAUCUAGAGGAUGGUGAAUUGAGCUACCAGCAAAAGAAUGUCCAAUCUGCAAAUUUUGCAUCCCUGGACUUAACCGUCAACCAUCAACCAUCAACCUCUGGAGCAAGCUACCACCAACAGACCGUCCAAUCUACGAAUUUGGCUUCCCAAGACUUAACCGUCAACCAUCAACCAUCAACUUCUGGAACAAGCAACCAGCAACAGAAUGUCCCAUCUUCCCUAACUGACUUAACACCGUCAACCUCUGGAACAAGGGGGACUUCAAUUCCACCUAUUCUUCCAAGAAAAAUUACCAAGCCUACUGGACCUGGAUCUACUCUGCAACCAACAAACCCCUCAAGGAAUACAGGAACCAGACCAUCUGCCAAGAGAAGCUUGCAUUAUCUAGAACAGCUGGAACCAAACACAAAUAAAAAAAGUAUCAGUCCAGCACAAGAAGUAAUGAUUGAAUUGGCAAGAGAAGAGCAUGCAUGGCUCAAACGUGAGCAUGAAUUAAGAGUUGAAAUCCUUCAGCUAGAAAUACAAACUGCACAAUACAAGGAAGAGGAAGCUCGUAGAUCACUUAACAAGGUCAAUGCUAAUUUGAAUUCAGAUCCUUAA